AUGUCAUAUAAUCAAAAUUAUUAUAAUUUUCGACUGAACUUUACAUUUCGACAAAAUUAUCCACCACAAAAUUAUUUGCCAUUCCCACCACCACCACCACCACCAUAUUAUAAUGUACCACCAGUAACACAACCACCUGUACACUUACAUGAGACAGAUCAGGAAUUACUAACGAGAUUUGAAUCUAAAAUUAAAACUGAAAAUAGUAAACCCAAAAACACCAUAUCGAUAUCAAAAAUGAGAGAUGAUAUUUAUCAGAUGGUUUUGAAUCUGGAUGAUAUUAAAAAUAAAAAGAGAUAUUUGGCAGAUAAUUUAAAAAUAUUGUCAGAAGAAGAAUGGCAGAAGAGGAUGAUAGAAAUAGAACAAUGUAAAGUUAAUGUAAAUAAAAUGCUUGCUUAUAUCAACAAUAUGCACUUUGAUACAUUAAGGAAGUUUAUUGCAAAAAGAUCCGCUAAAAGGUUAAGAUUGAAAAGGCUACGCUUAGAGAGGAAGAAGGAGAAAGAAGAGACAAUAAAAAAAUUAGAAGAGAAGUCAAGAAAAAUAGAUGAGAAUCUCCAAAAAAUUAAGGAUGACAUCAUUAAAGUUAAACAAGAAGAGGAAGCCAAGUUGCAAGCUGACAUGGUGCUGAAAGAGGUGCUCAGAAAAAAAAGUGAUGCUAAAAAGUGCCUGGCAAAACUGGAUGCAUUGGUGAAGCUUCGUAAGGCUAGGCAAAACACCGCUAAGGGGAGGGGCGCUACUGUGUCCGAGAAGGAAGCACAGGACUUUAUUAACAGUAUUAAUAAAUUGAAAUUUCUUUGGACGCAAAAGCUAGCUUCGUAUGAGAAAGAAGAGAUAGAGUUACGUGACAAGUUGAAGCAAGACACCGAACAGAAUGAACUCGGCAAUGUGAGGGCAGAACAGACUGUGGAGAAUUUGUUCAAGUGGAGGGAAUACCUGUUUGGUGGUGCACUACCUCAUGUUGACUUUUGUGGCGACGUGGCCAGAUUUGUUACGGUCUCAGUGGGACCAGUUUGUGAGUGUCGAAGGAUCGCCUCUCCCUGUCGGAUGGGUUUUGCCAGUAACAAAAAAUCCAUAGGAAAGAAACUGUUGUGCAAAUAUGGUCAAUUUUGGAAAUAUAUCAAUCACAUCCACGUAAUAUUUUAUAUGUAGACUUCUUUGGAACCGUAUAUGAUAGUAUGCUAACCAAGAAACUUUAAAACAAACGAAGAUUGCAGUAUUUUGAAGUCAAAGAGACUUCAUUUUCUAUCUUUCUCCAACUGUAAUUGAAGUAGCUGAUCGAUAUUAGAGAGAUCUCUCUUUAUAUUUGCUUGUGUUUAGCGGGCCAUAAAGGGUCAAAUAAUGUAUGUAUAAAUUGCUCACUUCACUUAGUUUCGCAAAGUGUGUAGUCAAACAUACAUUUUGUGUGCUUAAUUUAAACAAUAUUUAACAAAUUUAUGUAAUAAUAUGUCAUUAAAAAUUGUAUGACUGGGCCCCGGGCUGAUAUUGAGGUCCAUUCCUCUAAAUGUAACAUCUUAAUUUGUCAAUUUCACCAAAUCACAUCAUAAACUAAAUUUAGAAUAAUUAUUGAUUUAAAACUAUUAAAAAUUUAGUUCAUGCUAGUUCUUACAAUAAAUAUUUUGCUGUAAUAUCAAAUUGAAACUUCAAUUUUAAAAAUGGUUCGACAAGUGGCGUCUCGGAAUCGGCCAUAUUUGGUUGGAGAGAAAUCAUCAUCAUCAUAACAGCCUUAAACUGUCCACUGCUGAACAUAAGCCUCCCCAUUGUGGGGGUUUUGCCAGUAGUUGCUACGCU